AUGGGGUUUCGGGAUGCCAACGUUCCCGAUCACGUCUGUUGCCUCAAGAAAUCGUUAUACGGGUUGAAACAGGCUCCUAGGGCGUGGUAUCAACGCUUUACCGACUUUGUUGCUUAUCUUCUUCUAUAUGUCGAUGACAUCUUGCUGGUCACUUCUUCUGCCAACCUUCGCGCUACUAUCAUGUCUCAUCUGGCAAAGGAAUUCGCCAUGAAGGACCUCGGUCCCCUAAGUUUUUUUCUUGGUAUCUCCGUCAAGCAUCACAAGGACACUAUGUUUCUAUCUCAACAGGCCUAUGCUCAGGAGAUUAUUGAACGAGUCAGUAUGUCCUCUUGCAAUCAUGUGCACACCCCAGUUGACACACAUGCCAAACUUAGUGCAAGUGUUGGGGCUAAUUUUCAUGACCCGACUUUAUACCGUAGUCUGGCCGGUGCUCUUCAGUACCUCACCUUCACAAGACCCGACAUAAGCUAUGCCGUGCAACAAAUAUGUAUCCAUAUGCAUGCUCCAAAAUCGGAUCAUUGGAAUGCACUGAAGCGCAUUAUACGUUACAUCCAAGGUACUACUUCAUUUGGUCUCACCCUCGGCCCGUCUCCUACGCCUCAACUGACCGCAUAUACUGACGCGGAUUGGGCCGGGUGCCCUAACACUCGCCGGUCCACUAGUCUAUAUUGUGUGUAUUAUGGUGACAAACUUAUAUCUUGGUCUUCCAAACGGCAAGCUACUAUUUCUCGUUCAAGCGCGGAAGCUGAAUAUCGGGGAGUUGCUAACGUAGUCGCAGAGGUUUGCUGGCUUCGCAACCUCCUUUUGGAAUUACAACGCCCUCUUUCACGUGCCACUCUUGUUUAUUGUGACAACGUUAGCGCCAUUUAUCUUUCGGGCAACCCCGUCCAACAUCAACGCACUAAACAUAUCGAGCUAGACAUCCACUUCGUGCGUGAAAAGGUUUAA